GCUACCAGCCAGAUAAACACUCAGCAUUGGUUUGCACAGCAGGAGUAACAUGGCGGCACAGUUAGCCAGCAGAAAUGUUGUUUCACUACCGCGAAGGUCAGAGCUGCGUCGGAUAAACGGAAUUUAACAGCGAGGACACGGCACAAAGUCUUAAAUCCAGGGAGGCGUGGAUGAUGAUUAAAGGUUUCCUAACGUUACCGUCUUGCAGCAAUGGCCUGAGGGACUCUCUGGACUGAAAUCAAGACGCUGAUAUGCAUUGAGGAUGAGUGGAGUCGGUGAAAACUCAUCUGACCCUGCGAGGGCAGAUUCACGAAAACGCAAAGAAUGUUCAACCGAACUUCUUGGACCCAGUCCAAAGCGGAGCAACGAGAAGCGCAACCGCGAGCACGAGAACAAAUACAUCGAAGAGCUCGCCGAGCUGAUCUUUGCCAACUUCAAUGACAUCGACAACUUCAACGUCAAGCCUGACAAAUGUGCAAUCCUGAAGGAAACUGUGAAACAAAUCAGACAAAUAAAGGAGCAAGAAAAAGCAGCAGCAGCGAAUGAGGAGGAGGUACAGAAGGCUGAUGUCUCAUCGACAGGCCAAAGUGUGAUUGACAAAGAUGCCUUGGGACCAAUGAUGUUGGAGGCCCUUGACGGCUUCUUCUUCGUGGUAAACAUGGAGGGCAACAUCGUCUUCGUGUCCGAGAAUGUCACCCAGUACCUGCGCUACAACCAGGAGGAGCUGAUGAACACCAGCGUCUACAGCGUGCUGCACGUUGGGGAUCACGCCGAGUUCAUCAAGAACCUGCUGCCCAAAUCCCUCGUGAACGGCGUCCCGUGGUCCAGCGAGGGUCCGAGGAGAAACAGCCACACGUUCAACUGCCGAAUGCUAGUCAACCCGCACAGCGAGAGCCAGGACGAGCAGCACGAGCAUGAGCCGCAGCCGCAGAAAUACGAGACCAUGCAGUGUUUCGCAGUGUCUGAGCCCAAGUCAAUCAAGGAGGAAGGAGACGAUUUUCAGUCGUGCCUAAUCUGCGUGGCUCGCAGGGUGCCCAUGAAGGAAAGACCCAUGCUGCCCACACAUGAGAGCUUCACCACACGCCAGGACCUGCAAGGUAAGAUAACGUCCUUGGAUACCAGUCUACUGCGGGCGUCCAUGAAGCCGGGCUGGGAGGAUCUGGUGAGGCGCUGCAUCCAGAGGUUCCACCUGCAGAAUGACGGAGAGAUGUCUUUUGCUAAGAGACAUCAGCAGGAAGUGCUCCGCCACGGACAGGCAUUCAGCCCCAUCUACCGAUUCUCCCUCUCUGAUGGGACCAUUGUGUCGGCCCACACGAAGAGCAAACUGGUGCGCUCUCCCGCCACCAACGAGCCCCAGCUCUACAUGUCCCUGCACAUUCUCCAGAGGGAGCAGACGGUUUGUGGGAUGGGUCAGGACAUGGGUCCUGGCAGUCAGGCCACAGGGAUGGCCCCCAAACCGAUGAACCCCUCCACCCCCUCCAUGACUCCUCCCACCCCCGGCUCUCUGCCAGGCUCGGGGCCUCAGGGCCAGGACACCACCAUUAGCAGCAACAGCACGCCUUUCUCCCCUCCAGGCCCAGCUGGCCCCAGAGAGCCGGCAGCCAUGGGGGGCCAUAUGCAGGGCUACCGGUUCGGCUGCCCCCCACCACACAACCACACCGGCGGCAUGCAGCCUCCACAGCAGGGCCCUAACUGGAGGAUGAACAGUCCGUCCCGCGCAAGCCCCAGCCCUGCCGGUGGGCCCCACCCACCUCAACAGAACUCUAUGCUGUCACCCAGGCACCGAGGGAGUCCUGGGGGGGCCGGCAGCCCUCGUGUAGCAGGAGGCCUGCACUCCCCCUCCCCAGUGGGGAUGUGUGGAGGAGGACCUGGGAGUGCAGGUAGUAGCAGCACGACUAGCGCUCAUGCUAACAGCUACACUAGCAACUCUCUGUCAGCUCUGCAAGCUCUCAGCGAGUGUCACGGCGUGGGACACGGGCCCCCCCACGCACACACUCUGGGGUCUCCAGACAGAAAGAUAGGCUCCCCAGCUGGGGUCACACAGGGGUCGGGGGUCAACUCUCAUCUGAUGUCAAAACUUGGAGGCAGUGGUGGCACUGUUGGUGGUUCAGGAGACUCAUUUGGACCUCACUCAGAGGGAGGUCAGGGGCCGACACCGGGCCAGACAGAGAGAAACCUAACUGAGCCCAAGGAGGAGAGAGAAGGACCCGCUGAUGGUCUGGAUGCUCACAACCGUCCCCAUGACAACAAGGGCAACACUAAGCUGCUGCAACUGCUCACCACCAAGCCCGAGCCGCUGGAGACGCCCCUGUCCCCCAGUGCAGGAGGGGACAGCAAGGAUCAGGUAGGGACAGGGGUCCGGGGCAGCCAUGCCGGGGGGAACACGCACGCCACAUCCCUUAAAGAGAAACACAAGAUCCUCCACCAGCUACUGCAGAACAGCACGUCUCCUGUAGACCUGGCCAAACUCACAGCAGAGGCCACAGGCAAAGAGCUGGGCCAAGACCAAACCCCGGGGGCCAGCGGGGCGGUUGCUGGGGCAGAAAUUACUCCAAAGCAGGAGCCGCUGAGCCCUAAGAAGAAAGACAAUGCCCUGCUACGCUACCUGCUGGAUAAAGAUGACACUGUACUGAAGGACAAGGUGCCUAAACUGGAGCCUGGGGAGGUGAAGGUCGAAGGAGGCAAACACCAACAUGUCAAGGCGGAGAAACAAGACGCGGGAUACGACCGGGCUGAACAGUCGUCGGAGCUCGAUGACAUCCUGAACGACCUGCAGAACGCUCAGCCGCAGCUCUUCUGUGAACCCCGGCCUGUUUCGUUGCCCAGUCCCAUGGACAAACAGAACAUCAUCAAUGACAUCCUGCAAAUGUCCGAGAACAAUCCCGCCAUGGCUGCACAGCAGCAGCACAGGGCCAUGGGGACCGGGAUGGCCCCAACAAAUUUUGGCAGUGUCCGGCCAGGACAGGGCAGGGGUCUGCCUGUGAGGAGCGUCUCUCUGGACAUGAAUGUGUCCCCCCAGCAGCCCUCAUUACAGUAUCCUAUAAGAGCCACCAGCCCGUACACUCUUAUGCAGCAGCAACAGCAGCAAGGCAUGGUGGGAAAUCACGGCAUGAUGGCUAACCAGGCUGGUAUGGUUAACACAGGACUGAUGGCUCCAGGGGGUCCCAGACCAGGCAUGCAGCAGCAGGAGGGCUGGGGAGGUUCACCCUCUGCUCCUCCUCUGGGACCGUCUGGCCCUGGCCAGCAGGGCGCCAUGCAGGGCAGGAUGGGACUCAAUGGGGCACCCUUGAGGCCCAACAGCCAGCCAGGACCACGGCAGAUGCUUCAGCCCCCAAUGAUUGCAAACGCCCAACCUGAUAUGGAAAUUGGCAUGGCUGGCCACCAUUUCUCCCAACAACAAGCUCCUCCUAACCAGACGGCACCCUGGCCGGACAGCAUGAUGCCCAUCGAUCAGACAGCUUUUGUAAACCAGAAUAGACCGGUGCACACAGCCCCUCAGGAUGAUUUGCUGUGCAGUACGGGGCUUAGCUCAGGCGAAGACAGCGCUGUAGAUGAGGGUGCUCUGAUGUCCCAGUUGUACACUGCACUAAAAGACUUUGACGGCCUUGAGGCGAUUGAUCGAGCUCUGGGGAUCCCCGCUCUGGUGGAACAAAGCCAAACACUGGAGCCAGAUCAGUUCCCCCAGGAUCCCUCCAUGAUGUUAGACCAAAAGCCCCCCAUGUACACGCAGCAGUUUGGUCCCCCACCCUCCCACAUGGCCCAGAGGGGCUAUCCCGGUGCACCUAUGCAGGAGCAAGGUUUCCACCCUAUGUCGGGUCAGAUGGGUCCUAGGCCCGGGUACCCCAUGAUCAGGAUGCAGGCCCGACCCGGACUCAGGCCCGCUGGGGUGGGCCCCAACCAGCCUAACACACUACGGCUGCAGCUGCAGCACCGGCUCCAGUCUCAGCAGAACCGUCAGCCAAUGAUGACUCAGAUGAGUAGUGUGUCAAAUGUGAACCUACCUCUUCGAGCCAGUGCUCCAAACCAGGGGAACAUAAACGCUCAGAUGUUGGCACAGCGACAGCGAGAGCUGCUGAGUAAUCACCUGCGACAACGGCAGCAGCAGGCACAGCAGGUCCAGCAGCAGCGCAGCAUGGCCAUGAGAGCCCAGGGCCUCAACCUGCCUCCAAACAUGGCCGCCGGAGGCAUGAGUAACCCCCGGAUCCCCCAGGCCAACCCCCAGCAGUUCCCCUACCCGCCCAGCUACGGUACCAGUACAGGCCUGGCCUCGCCACCUCCCUCCACCAGCCCCUUCUCCUCCCCUCUCUCCCCCAGCCUGCCCUCUCUUCCCCCCAACCCCCAGCUCCACCUGCAUGGCACCUCCUCCUCUUCCUCCACCUCCUCCUCCUCCUCACAGAUGAUGAUGGGAAACUCAAACAUGAUGGGCGGACAGUACGGGGCCGUACUCAGCCCCCAAUUGCAGCACAGUGCCUUUCAGUUUCCCAACUCAGGUAUGAGCCAACAAGCAGACGGCGGGUUUGGAGGUCCCGGCACGCCGCAGAGCCCCAUGCUUUCUCCCCGCAUGGCCCACACGCAGUCCCCCAUGAUGCAGCAGGGCCAAGGAAACACCGCUUUCCAGGGCUCACCUGAUAUGAAUGGCUGGCCACAAGGCAACAUGGGAGGAAACAGUAUGUUCUCACAGCAGCAAGCGUCACCGCAGUUCACCCAGCAGAACAACAGCAACAUGUACAACGGCAAUGGCAUGAACCUCAACAAUGUCUCCAUGGCCGCCAACAUGGCUACCAGCAGCAUGGGCCAAAUGGGUGGGCAGAUGAGUGUCACGUCCAUGGCCUCAGGGCCCUCACCUGGCUUGCCCUCCAUGGGACAGGAACAGAAAUACUGUUGACCCUCAUGGAGCUCUUAACCUGAACCUCAGUGAUUGGCUGGUCCAAGAAGCACGUCGGCCCUUUAAAAAUUGUAAAAACAUGUAACCAUCCGACGACCCCUUGAACCAGCCAGGCCGUGCCCGGACCCUCAAAGUCACCCCCUGCCCCUCCCCCCAGCUCUGAGUUUGCCGCCUUAGCAGGGCGUCUUCGGCGGCAACCCCGGAGGAGUACGGCCCUGAAGUGACACAGGAGCGUAAAGAUGGCUGCGGGAGGGGGGCGGAGGAUUGUGGAUCUCUGUCCAACAUGCCUAACCCUCCUGGAGGAGAGCCUUGUGAUGAGCCAGUCUGUCCGCCUGUCCAGCUGCAUUCACCGUAGUGUGACUUACUGUAGGCCUCCUCGUCCGGGAGCGGGGGGGGGGGCACUGACCUAAAGGGGGCAGCAGUGGGUGGGAUCCCUUUGUUCUGAUGAAUGUAUUCCUCUCAGUGGACAGCGGCCAUUUACAAUCUCAUCUCAAAAGAAAAUGACGUACACUGAUUUUUUUUUCUUUUUCACUCAUUUGUGACAUUUCCACAUAGUUCCACAAUGGCAGCAAAGACUCCAAGUUGUGUUCAAAUCUACGGACAGAGCUCAAACACUUAGCCGGUUUUGCCUUUUUGCUGUUCUUUAUUUUAUUCUUUUAGUUGUUUAUUUUUUUCUGUGAGAAUUAAGAUGUAGAAUGAAGAUAUGGUUGAAAAAUGAUCUUGAAAAACACUGCAGAAGAAUGGUUUGAGUGGAAUGGAGAUUUGUAUGAUUAGACUAAUUUAGUCGAGAGGUUUAUAUAGUGUAUUAAAUUAAGUUUUAUUUUUCUGUAUAGAUUCAUUUUAAUUAUUGUAGAUGGUUCUUUAUCUUAGUAGCAACAAGAAAAAAAUAUUUCUGAAAGUGUGGAAGAGGCACUUUUUAUAAUUUUAACAGUAAUGGUUGUAUUCUUUCUGAGAAGAUUCUUCUUUUAACCAGAAUUAUGGAUUAUUCUUUGGUCCUGGCGUUUCAGAAGAAGAUGUCAAAAUCAUAUAUGGUUUAAAAAUUAAAUACAGAGAUUGUACAUACCGAGAGAAAAACAGUUUCUUUCCUAUUUAUUUUAUUCCUUAGGGUUUGGUUCCCCUCCCUGUCUGUUCACAACUGCCUCUUGAAGCAGAGCAGGUUUUUUUUGUUUUGUUUUGUUUUAUUUUGGGUGGUGGAGUGGGAGCCUUCACGUUCUGGUACGAUGCAGACAUGGAUGUGGGUGGGAGGUAGGGACAGGUUUGUAAGGGGGUGUGCUGUGUAUACAGUGUACAGAUUAUCGCUUGCUUCUCUGCCUUUAGCAUAGAAAGUCACAAAAAAGUCUAAAAAAAUUAAAAAUACUACUUCAACACAGCCAUACAGUUACUCAAAAAAAAUAACAGAAGUGUGCUUUCUAUGUUGUCUGGAGUGAAAACUGCUUCAUACAAGCUGCUAGGUGCAAACUGUUCUGGUGUGAUGUAAACAAGCAAUAACAAUUACUUGAGAAUCACUUGUUUUUUUUUUUUUUUUUGGUUUUGUUUUUUUUUCUGUUUUUGUAAUUUUUGUACAGUUUCCUGAAUUAAAAUGGACACAUUUUCGCUCCACAUUUGGAUGCAGUAUUAAACACAGUUUUUUAUUGCAGUUUGUACCAAGAAAGUCCACACAGCGUUCCUGUUUUUGAUUAUGCAGCCACUCUUCUAUCGCAGAGGUCAGAGUUAAGACUGCACGGCUCACCAGACCUGCUCUGACAGACACUUAGCCAUAUUUUAUGACCUCAGGCAGUAUAAAGUGUUCACUGAUGACGUGCUAUUCUUGUGCCCCAGUCAGGGUUUGGUUUGACCUUCACAAGAUCUAAAGCAAGUCAUCUUCUCUAACCUCAAAAAUACAUGACAAAACUUUUUAUAUUGACUAUUUUAACCCAGGACGAACUCGGAGCAAGCCAAAUAAUCCUCACUUUUCAAUUGGAUUUCUGAAUUCCUCUAGCUUUUAUUUUCUUAGUGAGAAAAACCUGUUGGUAAGCAUGUUUGAGGCCCGCGUUAAUACAAAAUGAUGUCACUUAUCAGGGUCAAAUGUAGAUGUUGCAGCAUAAAGAGGAAGAGAAUCAUUCUGAAUGUAUUGUCAUUUAAGGCCUAAGGAUGUGACUGAUGGUGUGUAUUGUCAACAUGUUGACAACGUGGUGUUGUGCAAUCGCACCAUGCUCCUCAGCAUUUAGGUAGGAUGCUGCUUCUGUUGUAUUUUUUUUAUCAUCACAUGACAUUUGAAGCUGUAGCACGUGAACUUUGGGACAAAGGAAGUCUGCAUUCAUGUUUGGUUCAGCCAUCAUCACAGAAGCCCUGCAGGAUUUUGUUCUUCACUGUAGGCCUACAGGAGAUCACAUUUUUUAAUAAAUGCUGUUUUGAUUGUAUCAUACAGUCGUGCAGAUCAAGCCUUUUUGAGCCAUUUUAAAGAAUGAUUCACAGCCCUUUGCAAAAUUUCCAAAGAUUGUCAACGUUUUAAAAAGAUUUAAAGCCAUGUGGUAGCAAUGCAUUUUUUAGCAUUUAUAAUGAGGACAGGAGCAAAUAAAUGAUUUUGCCCCGUACAAAUAUCCAGGCUUUUGGACCCACUUAAACAAAAUAUUUUUUUCCUCUGUAACUUAUGGUUUUGAAGAACUUUAAAUGCCCUUUUGUAUUGUCUGCCAAUUUCUUAGAGCUAAGAUGCAACCUUGAAAUGCUACGAACCCUAGCAUAAUGCCUUAGAUUUCGUCCGUUCUUGUUCUUGUACAUUACACCGCUGUCUGUAUAAAUUUGUAUAAUGACUUGUGUACAAUAUUGAAUGGGUGCAUCAUUGUUCAACUUUUUCGCAGUUGCUGGAGACUCUCUGUUCCUCAUCGUUGCUCUCUGUUCUGUGUUGGGUUGAAGACUCUGUUAUUUCACCCCCCUCCCUCCCCUUUCUUUCCUCUCACUGUUUGUAUGGAAAAGAUGAUACAUAGGGAUAUUGAAGCAAUAUGUAAAAUACUAUAUGGACUUUCUGAAGAAAGCUUACUGUUGUGUUUUUCCCCCAGAUAUUUUUUUCUGCAUUGUUGUUCACAGGAAUCACACUGUAUACCCGCAUCCAUCUUUGUAUCCCCAGUGUGUGUGAGCGUUUUAUGCAAAAUUAGAUAUACAAGAGAAGUUAAAACCACAGUUAUGCAAGUUGUGAACUAAUAUGGCUUCGCUGAUGCUAUUUGCCUUGUAAAUAAAGAAUUCUGUUAUUGCA